AUGAUAGAGCGGUCAACCAUCAUAAUAUCUGUUGCCAUUGUGUGGCUUUAUGCGUCCUUGCUGACUGCUGGUGGAGCGUAUAGCAAUGCUGCUCCAAAAACCCAAUUCUACUGCCGCACCGAUCGAUCUGGGAUUGAAGGGGCUGCUCCGUGGAUAAGUGUGCCAUAUCCAUUCCAAUGGGGAGUGCCAACCUUUCAUGCUGGUGAAGCUUUUGCCAUGACAGCAGCUUCUUUUGUUGCUCUUGUGGAGUCUACUGGUGCAUUCAUUGCGGUCUCCCGAUGUGCCUCUGCAACACCAUGCCCUCCUUCUGUUAUGAGUUGUGGCGUUGGGUGGCAGGGGGUUGGUAUUUUGCUGGGCGGCUUAUUUGGGACAGCCAAUGGAUCCUCUGUAUCUAUGGAAAAUGCUGGAUAUCUAUAUUGUACACGAAUUGGUAGCCGCCGGGUGGUGCAGAUUUCUGCAGGAUUUAUGAUAAUCUUCUCCAUUCUUGGGAAAUUUGGAGCAUUUUUUGCAUCAAUUCCAGGUCCAAUAAUUGGAGCUAUACAUUGCUUUCUCUUAGGAUAUGCUGGUGCGGCAGGGAUUGUGUUCCUUCAGUUUUGCAACCUUAACAGCUUCCGAACUAAAUUCAUCGUGGGAUUCUCCAUGUUUAUGGGUUUGUCAGUUUCCAAAUAUUUCAAAGAUGACGCUUCUGUCGCAGGCUAUGCAUCAUUAAACACAUGGCAAAAUGAUGUGAUCAAGGUGAUAUUCUCGUCCAAAGCAUUUGUGGGAGGUGGUCUAGCUUAUUUCUUGGACAACACCUUGAAAAGAAACGACCCCGAAGUUAGGAAGGACCGAGGGCAGCAUUUCUGGGACAGAUUCAGGUCCGCGAAGACGGAUCCACUCAGCGAGGAGUUCUAUUCCUGCAUUCCCGGACUCAGAGAAAACUUCCCGCUCUAUUGA